AUGUCAACUAAAGAAUUACGAUCGAGUUUGCAGGCAAUACUGAAAUAUUUAGGACCACAUUGGGAUUUUGUCAAUUGUCACAUGGUCAACUAUCUAACUGACAAUCAUUGGCAGACAUUUAUCCCGAAAAACAUACAAACAAAUGUUAAAGAUGUCAACGAUAUCGAUGAAUGUAUAAAUAUGGUUUUUUGGAAAUCCAUUGAAUCGAACAAGUUCGAAGAUGUGUGGAAUUUCUUUGAAGAAUCCAAGAAACUGCGUUUGGAAAACAUGAAACACAUCUUGACAACAGUUGAAGACUUACAUGGUAUUCUAGGAAAACAGGAAAUUGAGAGUUCACUGACUCUAAAAGAGUUUAUGAGCGAAAAGAAGAGGCAUGAGGUGGAAAUUACAGCAGACCUAGUUAACGAUCUAAUAGCCCAUCAAAAAGUCAAAAAAGAGAAUGACAUUUACAUCGUCGAUGCUGGAGAUGGCAAAGGUUAUCUCUCAUCUCGUCUAGCAUUGCAAUAUGAGCAUAAGGUUCUUGGCAUUGAUUUUAAGGAAACAAACACAGAAAACGCUGUCGAAAGAAACAAAAAGCUUCAACGUGCUUGGAAUGGUUUGACUGAACGAGCAGAGCUUCUUAGCCAAGGCAUUACUCCUCCAAGACGUGGCAAAAAGCAAAAGCCCACAACAGCUCCCGAUCCGAAACCAGAAAACUAUAAAACAACAAAUAAAUUCAUUACCACAGAACUACCUUUCAAAUCUCUUAUAAGGGAACAUUUCAAUCUACCGAUAGAUUCAAGUCCAUCGCUCUGCCUCACAGGAUUACAUACUUGUGGAAAUCUUGCUUCAACAUGUCUUCAAGUCUUUUCUGCCCAAAAAGACUUUCGAGUACUCUGUAACAUCGGUUGUUGCUACCAUUUACUGAAAGAGGAAUUCUCAACCGAUGAAUUAUUUGGCAACAAAGAAUCAGAUCAGCAAUUAGACAUUGGAUUUCCAAUGAGUGACUUUCUUAGAAGUCAGCGGAUAAAAAUGGGAAGAAAUGCAAGAAUGUUGGCAGCACAAUCUAUUCAUAGGACUCAGGAUGCCAAAGAGCUUCCAAAUAAAUCAUUAUUUUAUAGAGCUUUAUUGGAGGUGUUGAUUGUAGAACGAGAUCCAAGUCUUAAAGAUACCGUGCAAGUGGGGAAGAUUAAAAAAUUCAAUAACUUUAAAGAAUACAUUGGAUUGUGUAGUAAAAAAACGAAUUUAGAACUUGAAACAAUUAGCGAAGAAGAUAUUGAACGAGUGGAGAAAAAGUAUGCUGAACAAUCAAAAUUCCUUGAUUUGUUUUAUCUUCUACGAAUGGGAUUUGCUCCUGUUUUAGAGACCCUAAUUAUUUUAGAUCGACUCUUGUUUUUAAGAGAAAAAGGCUUCGAUAGUAGUUAUGUUAUUCCUCUGUUUGAUCCAGUUAUAUCUCCCAGACAUUUUUGUAUUGUUGCUAUGAAAUAGAUU